ACACCUUUGCAGGCUGAACAAAACCUCGAAAAGGGCCAUUUGGGGUUGAGCACCUUUGAUAUGCAGCAUGUAUUAUGAAAUUUAUGUAACUGAGGUCUGACUUAUUUCGUUAAAAUUCAAGUGUUUGGUCUAAAUAAUUCAAGAGUGAGAGAGUUCGUAGUGAAAGGUAACCCCCACGGGACAAUUACGGUUAGGAUUACAUUCAGGGAUUGAUUAUGGGACAAAGUCAGAGUGCUCGUAAAUUGACGAUUAACAAUGAGGAAUCGGUUAUUCAAAUAUCGACGGAUCUGGCUGAUCGUCUAGCAACGAGGAGCCGAAAGCCGCAGCCAGGGCCAGACGUCCUCACCGCACCUCCACAGAGUCCAGUGAUAACGCCAGUUUCACCCAGCGAAGGAUACCCAGCAGUGCAUACUCACCCAGAGUACACGAUAACAGCUUAUAAAAUGCAGCAGCAGAAGGAGCUCGAGCUCCAGGCGCACGAUCAGUACUGGCAGGAACGACUGAAUAAUUUGAAAUUGGCUCAUGAGAGGAUCAACAGGAUCUUCCAGGAGGAGUACAAACGUGCUAUGGAUGAAGUUACAAAUGCUAAAGGUAACAAAAAUAUAAAUCUUGAUACAACAACUCCUGCAUGUGGUGCUGACAAGGAAAAAGUCCUUCGCUGUUACCAAGAGAAUCCAAAAGAAAUCCUGAAGUGUUCAAGUCUAGUUGAGGAAUUCAAUCACUGUGUAGAUCAACGCCGCUGUGGUCUCAUCUCAGCGGGAUGCUAAUACAUGCUUGCUCAAGUAAAAGCAUCAAUUGUUUCUUUAAGAAAAAUAAACCACUUGUUUACAGAACUGUGGAAAUAAAACUAUCUAGUUUUCAAUAACAUCAGGGGAUAAUUGAAUAGGACAAUGUGUAAAUUAUUUUGUUAUCUGCAUAGACAUCAAGAUCAUUUAUUUUUAUUUCUCGGGCAGAUCCAGAAAUUUAUAUACGUUGAGUGUAUUCGAUUGUACAGAAAUAGUUGAAGAUAUUUGCUAUUGAUUGAUUAUCAAGGGCACUGUAGCAAGGUGAUUCGUCGAAAGAUAUAAAAUGUGAAGUUUAAUGUAAAAAAUUGUGUUUAAUUCCUUCGAUUGAACGAAAAAUCGAGAAGUCUCACUCUCGGAGAGGAUGGAGAAUUAAUAGGUGAGAAUUCUGCACAGUUUAGUGUUAUUUUAAGUGCAUACCAGUCGUCUAUUUACAGCCCCCAAAUCUUGACACCACUCGCCCAGAAUUUCCCCUCAAUAAAACUAAAUACUUUCGAA